AAAAUAAUUGCUUUAUCAUCUCAGAGAUAUGAUAGAAUAACAGUUGGAAAGAAUACCGAACAGUAAUAUAUAUGCUGUUUUCUUUCUUCAGAAAGCUUUAGAACGCCAAUGGGGAAGACAAGCACUUGGCUUCGGAACAUUUUUACAGGGAAGAAGAGUAAGGAGAAGAGUGGAGACUCAAAUCCAGAUUGGAAUACAGAAAAAAGAUUUGCUUCAGUGCCUGCUGUUGCGGCCGCUAAGGAGAAAAGAUGGAGCUUUCGGAGAUCUGUGGGAGCAACGAAGGAAUUUAAUUCUAAUUCAGCAGAGCAAAGUUUGAGCGAAGCUUGCGGUCAUGGAUUAAUGGAGUUUGAGAUUGAUCAGAAGAGAAGAGCCAUGGCGGUGGCGGCGCAUGCCGCUGCGGCGGUUGUGCGUCUUACAGCCACGGUGAAUGAUAGAACAAACAGAGCGAUGGAGGAGGCUUCUGCCAUCAAAAUCCAGUCUUUCUUCAGAUCUUAUCUGGCAAGAAAAGCUUUGAAUGCACUGAAGGGAUUGGUAAAAAUGCAAGCUUUAGUGAGAGGGCACCUGGUUAGGAAACAGGCGAAUGCUACACUCAGAUGCAUGCAAGCACUGGUUAAAGCUCAAGACAGAGCUCGCGCUGAAAGAAUCCGAAUGGUGGAAGCAUCACAAUCCACACCAUUAAAACACCAAAACUACAGAAGAUCACCAAGGCAUCAUCCAUUUGAACCGGAUUAUAAUGAGGAAGAGUAUGUCAAAAUUGUAGAGAUGGAUCUCGGAGGAAGGAGCUAUUCAUUGAAAGAAUCUGAUAACAGGUUCUGUAAUUACAAUUCAUCUUCUCGUACACCUAGCAAGGCUGAUCUCCCUGCACAGCUCUCCCCUGUACCGUCAGCUUUAACUGAGAUGAGUCCAAGAGUUUACAGCAUGAACUUUGAAGAAAUUUAUAUUCCCACAGUUCAGAAUAGUCCUCAACUGUCUGCCAUGUCCAUGCCCCCACAUACUUCUUACGAUCAUCCUCUGUAUCCCAAUUACAUGGCUAACACAGAGUCUUCCAGAGCUAAGUUGAGGUCCCAAAGUGCUCCAAAGCAGCGACUUGAUACAAAUGAGAGGCAAUCAAGUAAGAGAAGACAGUCGGUGGAGGGAAGAAAUGUUGCAGGAGGAGUCAGGAUGCAGAGAUCUUCUUCUCAUGUUGGUAUGGCUGGAAAUAUUUAUGAAUUUCCAUGGUACAUGAAGCUUGAUAAAUCUAAUAUGUCGUUCAUAGAGAGUGAAUGUGGUUCAACAAGCACUGUGCUGACAAACAAAAACUAUUGCAGAUCUCCAGCAGGGUAUGAGUGGUUUGGUUUACUCUUUAUUAUUGCAGAUCAAUGGGAAUGUUUGAUGGCAGAUUCAUUCAUGGCCUGUAGUGAUAUAUCUUCUGACAUUAGUAACAGUUAUGAUUUUUUAGAAAUUAGAAGAAGGAAAAAAUGUUUUUCAGAAGUGAAGAUAUUUCAGGAACUUGUAAUUUGAUUUUGCAGCUGCAAAUAAGUCAAAAUUUAAGUCCCAAAAUACAGAUUUCAUGUUAUCGUCCUUAGCAUGUUGUCAGGACCUGCACAUUUGUGUUUUUUCAUAAAUCGUGAUCUUCACUUUUGUUAUUGUAUUCUUACUGAUUGUUCUUUUGAUGGAAGAUAUGAAAGGUAUCA